CGUAUACCGCCUGUUUAUCGCCUGGGUUCUGCUUCUGAGAGAGAUAGAGAGAGCGCCGCUGAAAUCCGUAUAGUUUGGGGAGUCCGACGUGGCAGCGGCUUUCAGUUGGCUCCAGCACUCUACCGUCGACGGGUUCGUUACGCUCCGCUCAGAGGCCUUUCGUUUUUGGGAUUCGCGUGGUACAUCUUGGAUCUCGAGUCACGACGUCUCUGGUAGAACCUGUUUUCCCGCCUCGUGCACUUUUGGGCAGCAGGUUCUCGACAGGUCCGCUGAAGAUCCCCUCGAAAAACAUCUCCGCACAGCAAUAAGUGGAAUUCCACCCGCCAACCAGCAGAAUGGAUGAGCAGCGAGAUCUCCAGCAGAAUGGCAAUGGGAAGCAGGCCAGGAUCGUUUCCGGGUUGGAUCGACCGCUGAAGACUCCUCCGCCGGGUGAGCAGACCAGGGCUGUGCGCCGCCAGGUGGUCGCCGUCAUCCUGGCCAACAUAGGUGUCUUCUCGACGGGAAUGACCCUGGCCAUGCCCACCGCCGCUCUGCACCAGCUGAAGGACGUCACACAGCCAGUGUAUCUCAAUGAUUCGCAGGCCACCUGGUUCGCCUCCGUCAAUGCUCUGUCAGCUCCUCUGGGAGGCCUGCUGUCCGGAUUUUUGCUGGACAGGAUCGGGCGAAAGAGGUCGUUGAUUUUCCUGAAUGUGCUUACCAUCGUUGCCUGGAUUUUGCUGGCCACUCCCAGUCAAAGCGACUCGGAAGCCUUCUUUUGGCAGCUCAUCGUCUCGCGAUUUAUUCUGGGUAUUGGCAUGGGACUGGCCAGUGCCCCUCCAGGAGUCUACGCGGCCGAGAUCAGUGUGCCCAAGACGAGGGGCAGUCUCAUCCUGGGCACCUCCAUAUCGGUGGCCGGUGGCAUAACGAUUCUCUACGGGAUUGGGUACUGCAUCCGCGACGACUUCCGCCUGAUCGCCCUGAUCUGCUGUGGCUACCAACUGGUGGCCCUGCUCUGCGUGCUGCCACUCCCGGAAAGCCACUGCUGGCUCCUGGCCAAAAAGCGGGUGACGGAGGCCAAGCGCUCACUCAACUACUUCCGCGGCUUCAGCAAAUCUGAUGAAAUCACCCACCCCCAAGUGCUCGAAGAGUUCCAGAUUCUUCAGAAAUCCCUGCAGCAGCGGGACGCCGAGGUGAAGGAGUCCUUCUGGAGGAGUCUGAGGGAACCGGAGGUCCACAAGCCACUGCUCAUCCUGAUGAGCUUGUUUGCAUUCCAGCAGCUAACCGGCAUCUUCGUGGUCAUCGUAUUUGCCGUUCAAAUAUCCGCGGAGGCGGGCAUUCAGAUCGAUCCCUUCAUGUGUGCCGUGCUCAUUGGACUGGCCCGCCUGGUCACCACCUGUCCGAUGGGAUACAUCCUGGAGUUCUGGGGUCGUCGGCGGGCAGGGAUAAUCUCCACCCUGGGCAUGUCCAUUUGCAUGUUCCUUCUGGCGGGACACAGUCAGAUUGAGUUCCUGAAGGGAGUCCCAUAUCUCCCCGUGGGGGCCAUUGUGGGCUUCAUUGUGCUGAGCACCCUGGGUCUCUACACCCUGCCCUUCUUCAUGAUCUCCGAGCUCUUCCCGCAAAGGGUUCGGGGUCCGGCUUCGGGACUCACGGUGGCCGUGGGCAUGUUCAUCUCCUUUGUGGUCCUGAAGACCUACCCAGGUUUCAAAAACUCCAUCGGAUUGUCAAACUGCUUCCUCUUCUUCGGGGUCAUGGCCGUGAUAGCUCUCAUCUUUAUUUAUUGGGCUCUGCCGGAGACCCGUCGUCGCACUCUCUUGGAGAUCGAGGAGCAGUUCCGCUCGGGUCGUAGUCGCAAAUCUCAGAGCCAGGCUGAUGUCGAGAUGAAGGAGGUUUUUGUCCGAAAGCCGGAGGAAUGAAGCUGUUGCGAAGAAAUGGCUUAAUUAAGAGAGAGACAAAUUAACUUAAAUAGGUCCCUUCGAGUGCUUAGUACUGUGAUAGACAAUAAACAAAGGCAACAAGACAAAAAUAAAGGCAGAAAGAAAUAAUUGAUUUUAAUGUCCCCUUGGAAAGAUUAACCUACAAGUGUGUUUAGCUUCUUAAAUAUAUUGAAAUUAUAUAAAAAUUGCUUAAUCAAUCUUUUACUUAUUAAAAUAAAAUAAAGCAUUUAUAGUCAUAAGCCUAA